UUAGGGAAUCCAACGAUCUGUCAAACUAUUCCAAUAUGUCUGGCGAUUGGCAUGCAAUACAUUGAAAGCAUAUGAUAAAUAUUGUUUUUUAAGUAUUUAAAGUAAUUUUCGUAUAUUUAUAUCCGCCUAAGUAUUGCUAACAUACUUCUGUGACAUAAUAAAAAAUAUUGUUUACAUCAAUAAACUAGAAUAAGUACUUAAAAAGUUUUAUUUAACUAAGUAAUUUGGAAGGUUGAAGAAAGGUUAGUUAGUAAUAGCUAUGCCACUAACAUGUAUUGUAGUGAACUGUGGAAGCAGGUCGAAAAGGGAUAAAGUAUCUUUUUUUGCUAUUCCCAAACCACUGAAGUUUAAACAUGCUAUCCACUUGAAUGAAUUAACUGUUAAACGCAGAAAAAAAUGGAUAAGGGCCAUACGAAGAGCAGACCUGACAGAAUCAAAAUUAAAAUAUCAAAAAGUGUGUUCCAAACAUUUUAUUCAAGGACAACCUGCAAAACUUGAAGAUGUAAAUGAUCCUGAUUGGAUACCAACCCAAAAUAUGGGUUACUCUAGGGGACCUGUAAAACGAAAGCAGGACCUUGAAAGACUGGAAAGAGUAAAGAAAAGAUCUUCCACAAAGGUUUCACAAGAGGACAAUGAUACAUUUAUUGAGAAUGAAAACAAUACAGUAAGUGAAAGUAACACUACAGCAAUGUAUGAAGACAGUACUGGAACCGAAACUCAAACUGAGUUAACCUCAGAUGAUAUUGAACAGAUGGCUCAACCAUUAAAAUUUGCAAAUAAAAAAAUUGACGAGUUGACUCGCAGAAUUAAUAAGACCAUUUUAAGUUUCGAGUCACUAGAAACGGACAAUCCGAAAUGUUUAUAUUAUACCGGUUUAAAUUUUUCUGUUUAG